AGAAUGCAAUUAAACCCCGCAACAUACACAAGAAGAAACGCGUUUUUAGACAUUAUUAGAGUCAAACUAGGAGAACAAGAAUACCAUCAGCAACAAAAUCAAGAACAAGAACAAGAACAAGAACAAAAGCAAAGCUCACCAACUCCUAUGUCCAAACUCCAAACUGUCCCACCAGCACAACACAUUAAAAUUUAAACCAAAACCAAAAAUCAAAGAAACAGAAACAGAAAAAUCAGGAAAGCACAAAUCUUUUCUUUUCUUUCUAUAAACAAAUCAAAGAAAAGAUAUACUAGAAUACCAACCAGAAUCAUUUUUCCGUUUAUGUAAGGGAGAAAAAAAAAAAAAAAGAAAAGAAAGAAAGAAGAGGAAGAUGAACUUGAGCUCCGAUGCUUUGACUACUACUCUUUCCAACUCAAUCCAAGCUUUGGGUCGUGGGUUUGAUGUCACAUCUGAUAUAAGGCUUUUGUACUGCAAGGGAGCACCUGGGUCCAGGUUGGUGCAUAUUGAUGAAGAGCAUACCAGGGAUCUAGUCUUCUCUGAUGGGGUUUUGGUGCCCAAUGUUUCUGUUGAUAUUGAUUACUCUAGAGGCCAUAGGAAUAUUGAAAGAAUUCCUGUUUGCACCUUCCAUGAGAUGGCAGAAAGAUUCAAUGAGAAAUCAGGUUUAUCAGGACAUAUUCCACUCGGAAGCUUUAAUAGCAUGUUCAAUUUCACUGGUUCUUGGCAAGUUGAUGCAGCAGCGACAAAAUCCCUUGCAAUGGUUGGGCAUUUCAUUCCCCUGUAUAAGGUUCGAUUAGCCGAAGUGAAUUUAGUUUUGUGUGAGGAAAUCAAGCAUGCUGUUCCUUACUCCUGGGAUCCAGCGUCCUUGGCAAGCUUCAUUGAAAGCUAUGGUACCCAUAUUGUCACAUCUGCAACAAUUGGUGGAAGAGAUGUUGUUUAUAUCAGGCAGCAUCAGUCCUCGUCUUUAUUAGUGUCAGAUAUUGAGAGCUAUGUGAAAGACAUUGAAGAUCAGAGGUUUCAGGACAUAAAAAGUCAGUCAAGUGCCGGUCCCUUGAAAUACAAGGACAAGGAUGUAACAGUCAUUUUUAGAAGGAGAGGAGGUGAUGACCUUGAGCAGAGUCAUGCCAAGUGGGCAGAGACUGUGCAGUUCGCACCAGAUGUCAUUAACAUGACAUUUACUCCAAUUGUCUCUCUGCUGGAAGGAGUACCUGGCAUAAAGCAUUUAGCCCGGGCGAUUGAUUUAUACUUGGAGUACAAACCACCUAUAGAGGAUCUGCAAUAUUUCUUGGACUUUCAAAUUGUUCGCGUUUGGGCUCCAGAACAGAAGAGCCUUCAAAGAAAGGAGCCUGUUUGUCAAUCUCUUCAGUUCAGCUUGAUGGGUCCCAAGCUUUAUAUCAGCCCAGAUCAGGUGACAGUUGGCCGUAAGCCAGUUACUGGUCUUAGACUUAGCCUAGAAGGCACCAAGCAAAACAGGCUCUCCAUUCAUUUGCAACAUCUGGUGUCUCUUCCGAAAAUUCUUCAUCCACAUUGGGAUGCACAUAUAGCCAUAGGAGCACCCAAGUGGAAAGGUCCUGAAGAGCAAGACAGCCGUUGGUUUGAGCCUAUCAAGUGGAAGAGCUUCUCUCAUGUAAGCACUGCACCAAUAGAGUACACUGAUACUUCCAUCGGAGACCUCUCUGGUGUUCACAUUGUCACUGGUGCUCAGCUUGGCGUUUGGGAUUUUGGAGCCAAAAAUGUGUUGCACCUCAAACUCCUCUUCUCCAAAGUCCCAGGCUGUACAAUCAGGCGGUCUGUAUGGGACCAUAGCCCCUCCAGUCCUUCACAGCAGCCUAACGGGGCAUCAUCAUCAAUGUCAAAUGAAAAAGCCUCCAGUGAUAAGAAGGAAGAUAGUUCAAGCCAUGCCGGAAAAUUGGCAAAAAUAGUGGAUGUGAGCGAAAUGUCGAAGGGACCACAAGAUAUUCCAGGCCAUUGGUUGGUAACAGGAGCCAAGCUUGGGGUGGACAAGGGAAGAAUUGUUUUGCGUGUGAAGUACUCCUUAUUGAAUUAUUGAUAGAUUGUUUCUAUACUUUUAGGAUUACCAUUUUUCAUAUGUAAGCAUAGUCAGGCAUUCUUUGCACAGGUAUCCCUGUUCCUUUGUUUUUCUGUACAUUAUGUUCUUUAUUUAUGUUGCUUUUAGCCCCCCCAUUAGCUGAUGGUCACAUCAUAAAAAAUAUCUCAGGAAUUUUUCUUCUGGAUUUUCUUCUUUUACAUAUUUGUUUAUUGAAAGAGAAGGCUUUGUUAUCCAAUAAUAAUAGACUCGUGAUUUUGACCCA